CGUAAUGUAACGCAUUACGCGGGUAUUUGACUAAAUUUGUUCAUAAAUUAAAUGUGAAUCAAAACUGGUGGUUUUCCCGUCCCGAAACGUUUUGGCAGUUUCUUUUUCUGAGCCAAAAUGUGUAACACUGAUUUUACAUCCCAAUUUACACAAUUUGUUGAUUUCUUCCUCCGGAAUUUCCGGCACACCGGAUCUGUUUCACAUGCCACACGUUCUGCAAGUUCUUUUCCGGCACGAGGACGAGGCAAGUAUUAGCGGAAGCCACAAGUUUUCAAGAUGGCUGCAGUAGCGAGCGACGCGGCAACAAUGUUAGCUGAAGCCCUACAGCAAAUGGACGGGCUUAUCUCCGACGACCAACUCAUCAUGGAAAGCUUAAAAAGUCAAACUUAUUCUUGCUCGAGUAAAGAUAAAGUUCUUUCCUUGGUUGAAGAACUAAGGGGGAAACUAGAAGACAUGACACGCGAUGCAAAGCUGACGAUAGAGGUUCCCGGUUCAACCAUCGACUUUCUCAUUGGCUGGCUGAAUUCUCUACAAAAUGUAACGUCCAAAGAUGAACAGCGAAGUGGCGAACAGCUGACGAACUGUGAAAGGCAGUCGUUACAAAUCAGCAGAUUAGAAGACGAAAAAGAAUCUUUGAUCUUGCAAGUUAGCGUGCUGACUGAUCAGGUCGAAGCACAGGGAGAGAAGAUUAGGGAUUUGGAGUUUACUAAGGAGGAGAUGCAAAUAAAAUUUGAAGAGGCAGAGCAAUUUCUUGAAAGCGUGAGUGUUUUUGUGUCCGAUUAUUCCCUUAGAAGUAAGUCUUACGUAUAAAACUAAGCCUUUUUUAAUUGUCAACUUUUAGUUUUGACGUGAUGCUAGGGGAAAAACUACUGGGGGUCAUGUGCACUUUUGUGUUGGUCAGGGUUAGUGAAUGCUCACAACUGUGGGCCUAUAUUAGUUGAGUGUUGACCGAGUACGGUCAAGUGUGUUUACAUAGUUUACAGUUCAGUAUUGGCCGUCACUUGAUUGAAUGAGUCAACUCACUCAGUCACAUGUAAAUCUGAAUAUUAGUGUAUCAACCGAGAAUUUAAAAAGGUUGGGUAUUGACUAACUCCUAGUCAACUGUCAGUUGACAGCUGUCACUGCUUGGAUGUUGCUGUAGAAUAUGAAUGGUUGUCCUGAAAUAGUAAGAACUUAUGGGUUUGAUUUCAAUUAAAAAUGACUUGUUUCAGAAUAAAACAAUAAUGUAGCAACAUGUAGAAUUUUAGAAGUGAUUCUUCAGUCUAGCCUGGUGGUAAUGUAUGUGGAUGAGGGCCUACAAGCCAG